AUGGCGGCCUCUUGGCACAAUCCCUUGAUAUGCGACUGCAGACUGGCAUGGCUCUUGCCCGAGAGCAGCGAAGUUCGAGUCGUCGAGUAUCCUAUCUGCGACGGACCAUGGUGGCUUAGAGGAGAGCCGCUCCUGAACGUAACAGAACGAGAUUUGCUCAGACGGGAAGAAGGCUGCGACUCAGGCUGUCACUGCGAGUGCCACAAAGAUUCGCUCGGACAAGGAUCGAUUGGUGUCAACUGCUCGUCGGUGACAAUGGGCCGCAUUCCCAAGGCAUUUCCCCGAGGCACGAUUAAAUUGGACUUAAGCGGAAACAGGCUCGAACACCUCGACGACUUCGGCGCAAAGGCACCGCUACAUUUGCGAGUCCUGUCGGUGAAAAACAAUCUGCUCGAGAGCAUCAACGUGACAGACAUUCCCGAAGGCGUGAACUCCCUCGACUUGAGUGGCAACAUCCUGCGCCACCUACCAUACGACCUCGUAACACGUGGCAGGCUCACUUCCUUAUGGCUGUCUGGAAAUCAUUUUAGUUGUGACUGUGCUGACUACAACUUCAGGGGGUGGAUUCAAGCUCACCAAAACGUGAUACGGGAUGCAAAAGAUAUCAUAUGUGCCGAAAGCCCCAACCCAGGCGUGUCUGGAAAGGCGCUUCAUACGUUAGGAGAGAAGGACCUUUGCCCAACCGUGGUGCCAAGAGGGACAACGUACCUCCUCCUGUCCAUGGGGCUCCUGGCGAUCCUUCUGGCUGUAGCGUCAACGUAUCUGUACUACAAGCGGAGGCUCAACACUUGGCUUCACGACUGCAACUUCUGUGGAUUGUCACUGUGCAUCUCGGAGGACACGGACAAGCUCUUCGACGUGUUCGUCUCGUUCAGCAGCAGGGACUUCGGCUUGGUGCAUGACCAGAUCCUUCCGCUACUGGCAGCUCACGGGUUCACCUACUGCACGUACGAGCGCAACUUCAAGGGAGGCUUCCUCCUGCAAGACAUCAUUCGCGAUGCCGUCGCCUGCUCCAGGAGGACACUGCUCGUCUUGACCAAGAACUUCGCGUUGAGCGAAUGGUGUCGCUGGGAGUUCCGGUUCGCCCAACAGCGCGCCCUACUGCACCGCGUCAACCUGCUGGUCAUAGUCUUGGUGGACGAGGAGGCACUGGGUGCCUUGGACGAAGACCUGCGCCAGUACGUGCGCGAAGCCAACCAUCUGCGCUGGGGCGAGCCCAACUUCCAGAAGAGGCUGCUGCGCUCACUGCCCAAGAGGAACGCGAGGAGGAAGCUCAUAGGCGACAGCCAGGGGUUUGCGCCGAACACCGCUAUCGACGCUGGUAGCACCCAAGACUCGGUCCGGAAGGACAGUGUUUGA